CCAACACAGCUUUAUGGCAUCAACGAUCCCAAAACCACUCGCAUCCAAGCUCUCAUCCAUACCGGAAUCUCGGGCAGCCGUUACCCAGAGGGAGUCCGAGAAGCCAGCGGGCUCCACACCCGACUUCACCGACCCAUUCACUCCACCCCCAGAGAACGAGAACGACGAUGCGGCAUCCACGACACGACGCAGAGAACGGCAGAUGUCCAUAAACCAACCAGUGUACGCUCCACGAAGGGUGUACACGCGCCGAUCUAUCGACGGCAUCGGCACCGACACUGCGCCUGAUCGGUAUCCAAAGCCAGUCAAGCGGCUGCCGUUUCGUCGGAAGCUCACGCUGACCACCGACGGCUGCGAGUUGAAGGCCGAGGAUAGAGCUACAGAGUGGCUGUCUCUGUUCUAUGACCUCGUUUUCGUCGCGGUGCUGUCAACAUUUACGAGUACCCAUGAUCUGCGAACGCCGUCCGGCAUCCCAGUCUUCUUCUCCUACUACACCGUCCUCGUGUGGAUCUGGACAGCACAGAUCCAUUACGACACCCGAUACGAAGCCGAAGACUUCUUCCAUCGAACAGCCAAGCUGCUCCAGAUCAUCUUAUUCGUCUACAUCGGAGCAUCAGGUGGAGGUUGGGACAUCGGCAGCAUUCGACGCAAGCCCCUGGAUCAUGCAACUGCCGGCGUCGCGGAGGCCAAGGCGAUUCUGUCCGACGCCAACAGCGCUCGAGCAGGUGAGAGCUUCACCACGGUCGGUAUUGCAUUUGCCGUUACAAGACUCAUAUUGUCUGUGCAGUACAGCUUCGUGAUCGGCCCUGCCCGUUCCGUAGGUCUGCCCACCCUCCCUCCAAUAGCGUCGGUGAUAUCUCAAGCCCUUUCAUGCGUCCUUGCCAUCGUGGCUGUGGUUAUCCCCACCUCGUCGGCAGCCAAGGCGCGAGCCAAACCUGCGGUAUUCUAUCUCGCCAUCGCUGAGGAAAUCGUCGUGUGGGCCGUACUGCAGAUGUACACCCGCGGCUGGACGCCGGUCGACGAGGUGACGAAGCGCUAUGGCUCAUUCUCGCUCAUCAUCCUUGGUGAGGGAUUCGUCGCCUUAACAAUCGCAUUCAACAGGGCCAUUGACGGCCUCGACAUUCGCGAUUACUCGGUCUAUGGACAAGUCUUUCUUGUGAUCCUGAUCAUGUAUCACACAUGGUCUUUCCUGUUCUCGAACUUUAGAAGCACGGACGCCAUCAACCCGUAUCGGACCCUGGUAUGGGAGCUCGUUCACUUUCCGCUACACUUUGCGCUGCUGCUUCUCAUGGCCUCGUUGAUGAACAUCAUUGUUGCCACCACUUUCUUCGACGCCAUAGACAUGGCCACAGAGUACUUUGACGUGGUAAAAAACGCGACGAUCACCGACACCCCCCUUUCCAACAAGACGUUCGAGAAGAUGAUGAUCUUCCUCAUCCGAAUUGACCCCAGCCUCGGCGUCGACCUGGAUAACGUGCUGGAGUACGUUCAAGAAGACAACUCUACCUCCUCCAUCGCAGAAGUGAUGGAGAUGCAACUGUUUGGCCGGAUGCUCAAGUUGACAGCACAGAAAGUCAACGCCAAAUUCAGCGACAACGUCUCUGCGGACCUGGCCGUAUUGCAAAGCUUGAAGCCAGCAGACGGGACAAACAACACGGUGCUGACCGAGGCAAUUCAACUGGCGGGCAACGCUCUCCAAGGGCUCUCAGACGAUGCCGCGAGCGGUGUACUCUGGCUGUUUCCAAUCGCGGGACUGACUUUGAUUCUGACGGCCGUGCGCUCGAUGGUACGAUAUCGAUUUACUGGGAAAGCAGGCUACCUCGUCCACGGGCUCCCUAUAUUGGCCGGAGUCGUCCUCUCCCUCCUCGGUUUGCUCGGCAUUGGGAGCAAGGAGCUCUACCUCGUGCAGUCUGAAACCUCCAACUUUGUCCACAAUGCCCAUGUCAAUCCACUCUACGAUCUGUUUGGCGUUUGGGCCAUCUUGAUCGUGGCAGGAGUUUACACGGCUGUCAACUUGGGGUCUAUGGUGCGUUGUUGGUGUGGCCGCCACUGA